AUGAAUAACGUUACCGUCGACACAGUCCUAACGUCCAGAACUAUACUGUUUGCAGGGGAGCUUUUGGUAUGCACGUCCAUGGUAGCUGGAAUAACCGUACUCUUAUAUUUCUUAUUAGCCAGACAUCCAUGCGCCAUUCAAUUGGUGACGGCCAACGUCUGGUCAUUCGCCAUGUACGCGGCGCCCUACGCAAUCAAUUUUAUGGUGUGCUGGCAUCUGCUGUUAGCUUUAGAGAGGCUGAUCCUGUCCACCCGCAUCGUAGAAUUAACAUCCAGGUACUACCUGACAUCAAAAAUAACUUUGAAUGUUGCCGCGUUCGUCAUCAAGCACCAUCUGUUUUGGACAAGAUCCAAUUUAUUCUACAAAGAGAUGUUGUUCAUCAGCCACUUGGUGCUGAUAGCCACGUCAGAAGCCAUGUGCUAUGAAAAAUAUGAAAAAACGACAAUACAAGUCGCUAUAUUACUGUUGCUCUGUCUGACCACUCUCAUAUUGAUGACCCCAACAAAUACGUAUCAAAGGCUGGUGUUCACCGAUAUGCUCACUUGGAAACGGUGUUCACUGGUAUACGGACUGGUGACAAGUGCGUGCCACAAUUGGCUUAAUUCUGGUAGUAGAGGCGCCGUCGAUACGUUACUUCUAGUGCUGGUGGUACACGUGCAGCUGGUGAUCCUGUGCGUCACGUACUUUUCAGAUGGCCAGCAAAUAUUACGCAACAUUGUUGGUCUGGGCACGUACAACCCGAUGGCUGAUUCACUAGAUAUAUAUUUCACGAUGGACUCAAUAGUGUCGAGAACGGGGGCGUACAUCGACAGCCACCGCUAA